GUUUGAAAUCUAACUUAGAUAUGGAUUUAACACCAAAGUCAUGGAUGGUUUUAGGACCAUUUCCAACAGGAACACGUGAACAAGAUUUUGGUGCAGAUCCUCUUGAAGCAUAUGGCGGUUUUUCUAAAAUUGAAUAUUCAGAAAAUGAAUCGUAUCCAUCUGAACUUGCAGAUAAUGGUAAAAUCACUUGGUCAAAGAUUAAUACAUCAUCGGAUGGAUCAGUUGGUCCAAUAUAUAUAAAGAAUAUAAGAUGGAAUUUUAAUAGAAUUCCAUUUGGUUGGACGAUUAAUCAAUCUCAACUGUGGGCAAGAGGUUUUUUCACAAUCGCCAAAGAAGAUGAUAAUGAUGGCUCAUCAAUUUUUAGCAAAAUACCGAUUUUAAUUCAAUGUUAUAAUAUUGGUGACUUCUAUAUAGACGGAGAAAGGUUGUUUGGUGAUUGGUAUGAGUACAAAACAUCAUGGCAUGUUAUAUAUCUUAAACCUGGCGAGCAUAUAAUAAAUAUUCGUAUUGUCAAUGAAACUCGAAUAUUUGGUGGACGGUUACCUCCAGAUAUAAAAUUUCAAUGUGUUACGAGAAGAUUAAAUAUUUUGUCAGAUUUUGGCGUCAAAUUAUUGGACAAUACUAUUGUUGUUCCUGAUUUAGUUGGCAGUAAUUUAACUGGAGAAUAUAUGAGUGUGGCUAUAUUAAACACUUUGGAACAUUCUUGGGCAAUAAUUAAAAAUGUUUCAGUUGUUGAUAGCAAUGUUAAGAUGACAGCAAUAUUGAUUUCUAGUGAUUUGAAUUCAUUGGAAUCCAAUCCAAUAAUAAACCUUGCUCCAUCACAACAGCGUAAUCUUAAAAUUAGAUUGAAAAUUGAUGAGAUCCAAGAAAAAAAAGCAAUAUCUUUUAGAUUAAAAUUUAUUGUAUCAUCAAAAUCUAGAGGAAAAGUCAAUCAUUGGGUUAAAGUUAGUGAUUUAAUAAUUAUAGAACCCAAGAAUUUUCAAGAAUUUUAUAAAUUCACUUUUGAAGACUUUGAUGGUUCCAUACAAUAUGCAAUGGCUAUGCCACCUAUUUUACCAGUUGAAAAUGCCAAAUGCCCAAUUUUGGUGGCAUUUCAUGGUGCAGGUGUAGAAGCUAAUACAAAAUUUUGGUUGAAUGCUUAUCCACAGCAAAAAAAUGCUUGGAUUGUUCUUCCAACUGGAAGAACUCCAUGGGGUUAUGAUUGGCAUGGUCCCAGCAAGAAAAAUAUUGAUUUUGCAAUAUUUAAUUUGAAAGAAUUAAUGCCAGGAGUACCAAAAGACAAACGCCAUUCAAAUGGCGGACAAGGUGCUUGGUUUUAUAUUUCACAUUAUCCUGAUUCUAUUAUUGCAGGUACACCUGUUGCAGGAUAUAUGAAAAUUCAAUAUUAUGUUCCUUAUUAUUGGAAUAGUGAUGCUUAUAUUGACCCAAUUCUUAAAGGGGUAGAUAUUCCAAUAUUAGCAAGAGUUGGUGGUGAUGAUGAUAUUGUUCAUCCAAUUCAUUCUAGAAGGCUAGUGAGACUGGUGAAUGAACAUUCUAACAAUACGAAUGCUAUUAGGCUUUCAGAAAUUGCCAAUCAAGGUCACUGGUUUGAUAAUGUAAUGUCCGACACGGUUAUGCAAAAUUUUUUAGAUCAACAUCUAUUAAGUAAUACUGAAUCUAACAACGAUAUUGAGAACAACAGUAAUAAUAGUAAUGGUAUCAUAUUUCCAAAAAAAUUUACUAUAACUUUAAUGAAUCCAGCAAGUUUUGGCAGUAAAUUUGGAAUUAAAGUCGAUCAAUUGAUUGUACCUUAUCGUUUAGGGAAAAUAGAAGUUGAAAUAAACCAAGGUGAAGAUGAAAAAUUUAUUUGGAAACUUCAAACUACAAAUAUUCUUAGAUUCAAAUUUUUAGAAAACUUCAAAUCUAAGGAUUUAAUUAGAAAUUCAAAUUGUCAAACUUAUGGGCCAAUUCAUCAAAUUCUUGAAUCAAAUUCAUCAUUAAAAAUAAUAAUUGGAACUUCUAAAAAUAAAAAUAAUGACACCAAAAUGUUUUUAAAUAUGGCUAAAGAAAUAUCUAGGAAUUUAAUCUUGUUGGGAGGUGAAUUAGAAAAUAAGGUUACAAGAAGAAUUUUAAAGGAGAGAGAAAGUGAAGUAAAGUUCAACCGAGAUGGGACUUUUAGGAUUCAAAAUAAAAUAUUUAAAGAAUCUGGAAUAGGUAUAUUGUUUUUACAUCCGUAUCAAAAUAAUAACCUGGCAUUGAUUAUAGCAGGAUUAGAUGCAAUAGGUUAUGAUCAAAUUUUAAAAUUAUUUCCUAAAAGAACUGGAGUCCCUGUGCCUGAUUGGAUUAUUAUAAGUAAAGAUGCAAGAUGGAAAGGUGCUGGUGGUGUACUUGUUAUUUAUUACCCAUGA